AUGGAGAUCCCGUUCCUAGACCAUGUCUUUAAUGGUUCCGAUGCCUCUCAUGCAUCUAUCCUACCCUUUAUUCCGUAUCUCUUUCCCGGUGUUGCUGAAGCUGACAUAGAUUUGCGCAUCCAUGCUCUGGCUCAAGGAACGACAAACAGUUUGUUCAAAGUCACCAAUCAAUCCCUGAACCAAGACGCUGUGUUAGUCAAGGUCUACGGGGAUGGGACCGACAUCACCAUCGAUCGCAACAAGGAGCUCAGGGUGCACAAGCUUUUGGCCGAUCGCGGCCUCUCAUCCAUGCCACUUUGCCGCUUUUCCAAUGGCCAUGCAUACCAGUUUAUUCCUGGCAGUGUCUGCUCUGAAGGCGAUGUGUCUAAGACAGAAAUCUUCCGUGGGGUUGCAAGGGAGCUGGCGAGGUGGCACGCCCUGCUCCAGCCUGUCGAUCUCCAAGGAGCCAGGAAAGAGCUGGACUAUGAGCCGAGUGUUUGGUCGACUGCGAAGAAAUGGCUUAAUGCAAUCUCCAAUAGUUCAAAGCGGUCACAGUCCGAGAUCGAGCAGCUGCAGGAAAGGUUUCAGUACCUAACCGACAAGCUGCUGCCCACUGAUGUUAUGCCGGAGCCCUUGGUGCUUGGCCACGGUGACCUUUUGUGUGGCAACAUCAUUGUACAAGAGUCGGCUGAUGGCAUGGAGGCUGCGAAUGGGACUACACAUGUUGCAACAGUACGCUUCAUAGAUUACGAACAUGCCACUUACUGCCCUCGGGCGUUUGAGCUCGCGAAUCAUUUCGCCGAGUGGACUGGCUUCGAGUGCGACUACGCUAGGCUGCCAAGCACGUCAACCCGCCGAGCCUUCGUUCACGAUUACACCAAGCUGUCCUACAAGGUGUCGUGCUUCGGUACACAGCCAGGCGAGACAUACAUCCAAGCUGAGACAGCGACUGGAACUAUCGACUUUGACUACGCGGGAUAUGCUGAGAAGCGCUUUGAUGAAUACGAGGCAUGGCGCAGGGUCCAGGAUGGCAUUGUCGGGUCUGAUGAAGAGAUGCCCUUGCGUGAGAAGAAUUGGGCGCUUCCGUGA